AUGAAACAUAUUGUAACUUUUUUAAUUGUCGUUGCGGUAAUCGUUGCGAUUGCAGAAGCUAAGAAGAGUAAAUGUAAAGGCGAAGGAAGAACGUGCGAUGAAUCUAUAGAAUGCUGUUCCAAGUGGUGUUAUGUAAACAGCUGCGCUACUUGGACUGACGGCUCGAAUCCCUGCGACAGCUUUCCCUGUAUCGACAAAAAACAAACCUGUGUAAUCAAGCGCCGCUGUGUUACCGGCGGGUGUCGCCCGCUCCCUACUUGCGUUGACAAACAUUAAAAAAUAUAAAAAUAAACUUGUAAUAAACGAUAAAAUUUGUCUUAAAAUCUCCUGUAU